AUGAUGAGGAAGAAAUCUUUUAAUAUUGUGGUUGAAGGCUGUUGCCAUGGCGAGUUGGACUCCAUAUACGAGGCCAUUGGCAAAUUGAAUAAGCCUGUUGAUCUGGUAUUAAUAUGUGGAGAUUUUCAGGCUUUACGCAAUGAACAGGACAUGAAUUGCAUUGCAAUGCCACCCAAGUAUCGCAAGCUGGGUGAUUUUCACAAAUAUUAUACCGGAGAGAAAAAGGCGCCGUAUUUGACGUUGUUCAUUGGUGGUAAUCAUGAAUCCAGUAAUUAUUUAUGGGAAUUAUUCUAUGGAGGAUGGGCUGCGCCGAAUAUUUAUUACAUGGGAGCUGCUAGUGUAGUAAAUUUUAAUGGUUUGAAAAUAGGUGGCUUGUCGGGAAUAUACAAUCAUCAACACUUUCACUGGCACCAUUUAGAGAAACUGCCAUACAAUGGCAGCUCGGAGAGGUCUGUAUAUCAUGUAAGAAAGUUCGAUACUAUGAAACUUCUCAUGCUGCGUCAAGGUUUGAAUGUUAUGAUGAGCCAUGAUUGGCCAGCGAGAAUCGAACAUUUUGGUGAUUUGAAAAAACUUCUGCGAUUUAAAAAGCAUCUUGCGAGAGAUGUGGAUACCGGUAGGUUGGGCUCUCCUGCGGCAGGAUCGAUCCUACAGAAUGUUAGACCAGACUAUUGGUUUAGUGCGCAUUUACACGUUAGAUACGAAGCACUUGUAAAGCACGAACCUCACGAGGAAAUUGUAAAUGAAACAAAAAAUGCCACUAAACUUAUUGAAGAAGAAAGUAAAAACGAGGACGAGAUUGAUUUAGAGGAAUUGCUAGAUGAGACUGACAACGAUAAGAAGAAUGAAGACGAGAUUGAGUUAGAGGGAUUGCUGGAUGAGACUGCCAACGAUAAUGAGGCAAAUAAAAGCAACGUCUUACAUGCAAAGGAGGAGACUUUUCAAAAGGAAGCCUUGAAUUCUGAUGAGAUCGAUCUUUCUAGCGAACUGUCGUUAGAACCUUCAACUGAUCAACCGGUGAAAUCAGAGGCUCCCAAUAAUGUAAACAAAGUAGGUGCGCCAGAAACGCAUUUUCUUGCCUUGGACAAGUGCCUCCCAGGACGACGUUUUAUUGAGCAUAUAACCAUAGAAGUAGAGACACGACCAGAAAAACGCAAGAGGAGACCCUCAACUCUUGAUGAUGGUGAUAGUGCACAGGUCACUGAGGAAGAAACAGGCUUAUCAUACGAUCCUGAAUGGCUCGCAAUAACACGAGCAUUUCACAAAUACUUCAAAACCUCAUCUAAUCAAACAGUUGACGAACUACCGCAUGUGAAUGAUAUCGAUUCUCUGAAUGAACAUAUUUCUACUGAGUUGCAGUGGGUCAACGAGAACAUUGUAGAUAAAGAUCUUCUGACAAUCCCCAAUAACUUCAAGGUUCAAACUGAAACUCCGGCGGCCCCAACUUCGUCGUGGAAAAACCAGCAGCCUCCAGAAAUCAGAAACAACCAAACUGAAGAUUUUUGUCGAUUGCUGGAGUUGGACAAUAGAAUAUAUCACUUGUAG